GCCUUCCUUCUUACCAAAUCAAGGGGGGCUGUUUUAUCUCAACACGCGGUUCAGCCUCGCGUUUCUCAUUUCAGUUCGGUCUGCUCUCCCUGAAAGAGUGCGCUCCUGAAAGUCAGUUGCUCCUCCGCCACUUUUCUUGUGUCAAGCAGAGAAUCGUAAAAUAAGCAGCCAUGGAUGCCAUCAAGAAGAAAAUGCAAAUGCUGAAACUGGACAAGGAGAAUGCUAUUGACAGGGCUGAGCAAUCCGAGACCGAAAAAAAAGUAUCUGAGGACAAGGUCAAACUGCUGGAAGAGGAGCUGCAGGGGCUGCAGAAGAAGCUGAAAGGGACUGAAGACGAGUUGGAUAAGUACUCCGAAUCUCUGAAGGAUGCCCAGGAGAAGCUGGAGCAAGCGGAGAAGAAGGCUGCCGAUGCAGAGUCAGAGGUGGCCUCUCUGAACCGUCGAAUCCAGCUGGUGGAGGAGGAGCUGGACCGCGCUCAGGAGCGUCUCGCCACCGCCCUCCUAAAACUCGAGGAGGCUGAGAAGGCAGCAGAUGAGAGCGAGAGAGGUAUGAAGGUUAUUGAGAACAGAGCAUCUAAGGAUGAGGAGAAAAUGGAGAUGCAGGAUUUGCAGCUGAAAGAAGCCAAACACAUUGCUGAGGAGGCUGACCGAAAAUACGAGGAGGUGGCUCGUAAGCUCGUCAUCCUGGAGGGUGAGCUGGAGAGAUCUGAAGAGCGUGCAGAAGUUGGGGAAGUUCGACUAAGGCAGCUGGAAGAAGAGCUUAGAAUAAUGGACCAGAAUUUGAAAUCCCUGAUGUCCACAGAGGAAGAGUAUGCACAAAAGGAAGAUAAAUAUGAGGAUGAAGUUAGGGUCCUAACGGAAAAACUUAAAGAGGCUGAAACCCGUGCUGAGUUUGCUGAAAAAUCAGUAGCAAAACUUGAAAAGACAAUUGAUGACUUGGAAGACGAAGUGUACGCCCAGAAGCUGAAGGGCAAGGCCAUCUGCGAGGAACUGGACCUUGCCUUGACAGACAUGACAGCCCUCUAAAACCUGCAACCCUUCACCUUCUCUACAACUUUUCUAGCCUUUCCACGUUUCAUAUGGCCUUUAUAUCAUCCUGGGGGGGUCUGCAGUUUUAUAAACAUUUAUUUAUCAAUAACUGGACACAUCCAAGCACUAUAAAGUAACUUUCUUCACUCAUUUUAUAAAAUAUUUUAUAGUAUUAUCUGAAUGCACAACUUGGGGAUCUCUGGUGAAGGAAAACAUUUUUGGAUCGGAUGUUUAGCCCAGUGAUACUUUUUACCCUCACCCCACAGUCAUCAGCCACUGCUGCUUGUUUAGUGCCAAGUUGAGGUUUUAAAAUGCUUUCUUUUAAAUUUCUUUCUUUUGUUUGUAUUUUUCUCUCAUGCCUCUUAUUUCUGAUCCUCCGCGGCCUCUCUCCAACCCCUCUGUACAGGUGUACUCUCUGCUCAGAAACUCAAAUGCACAGAGAUCUCUGAUAGUAUGGGAGAAGCCCUCGCAGAACUCCCUGCUCUGAACUCCUCUCCCCUAGCAGUGUCUCCUCCCAUUCUCCUGUUCUUUCCUUCUGUCACUAUACCGAAGUUCUGUUUUGGUUUUAAGGGUUGUCACUUGUUAAAUGAUGAUCCACAGUUUUGUUAGGUGACCUGCCUUGUCUCUCAGCAAUAAAGAAUAGGCUCCCCUGUGGGUAUUUUACACUGCAAUAAUAUCAUGUAGUUUGUGGGCUUUAAAUGUGUCGCUGAGUCUGGAAUCACAGGGAAAUGGUUUCCUGUGUUUUCUCACUUACACCAGCAUGCUGAUCUGAAUCGGAGCAAGCUUGUGGAGAGGAUCCUGUUUUGUUUUAGGCAGCUUUCUCCCACAGAGACCACAGAUUGUGUUUCAGAAAGUCGUCUGUUAUACACCAGAAUUUAGUCUCUCAGACAAAGAAUAUUUGCAUCUACUUGUUUCUUUUUUUGGGCCUGUGAGUAUUAUAAAAUGUCAUUCACCUUUUAAUUGCAGACAUAAGGGACAGGAUAAUUAGGAUUCUUAUUGUGUAAUAUAAGGCUACUGUGGAUUAGACUAUAGAAUGAUGACAACUCUUAAAAAAAAUUUUCUCUGUAUUUCUUGCAUUAUUCCUUCAUCUCUAGACAUUUGUAUAAUUCUACACUAAAGUUAAAUACAAUUUAAGUUUUUUUUCCUCCAUUUUCCUUCUGUAAUAAACAUCUGCCACUUGA